CUCUUUUUUGCCAUUGGCUGGAUUGAUCAUAAAUUGGGAAUCAGUAAAAUUGAGUUUCAUUGAACAUCCUCUUGUCGUAUCGUAGGGUGACCAAGUCAAAUUAUCAAAAUACCAAACACCUCCGGUAUGAGUCAAUUGAAAAAAUAACGGAGGUGGCAACGCCAACUUGAUGGGCUCUAUUUUGCCAUUGGUCAGUGCACGAUGGCACAACUCAGUACAUAAAGACCAAGGAAGAAGAGACAAAGCAUUCACAACGCAUUCAUUUUUACGAUGAGCAACUCAACUGCAACCCCUCCCCAAUCAUUUGGUGUCCUCCUCUUCCCUGGCUUUGCUCUACUGGAUGUGUGUGGCCCACUGGAAAUGUUGAAUGGUUUAUCUUCUGCUGUUCCAAUAACCAUUUCGUUGAUCGCCUUGGACUCUUUGGAGCCGGUGUCCACCAUGGUUCCAGUUGACUCUUCUUCUGAUGAAACUAAAGAAAAUGUUGAACAGCAACAGCCUCGCACCUUCCAGAGACUGUGUCCUACGCACACGCUCGAUACUUGCCCUCCUUUGGAUGUACUGGUCAUUCCUGGAGGAUUCGGGGUUCCUAAUGCAGCCAAAGACGAGAGAGUCUUGAAGUUCGUUGCCGAAUCUAAAGCACAGACUAUCAUCACCAUCUGUAAUGGUGCUGGUAUUCUAGCUACUACUGGCUUGCUGGACGGAAAGAGGGCCACCACCAACAAGUGGUGGUUCAAGGAAGUCACCAGCGUUCGACAUCAAGUGAAUUGGGUGCAUAAAGCCAGAUGGGUGCACGACGGUCGUUUCUGGACUUCAUCCGGUAUUUCUUCUGGCAUGGACGUGGUUGCUGCUUAUAUACGCGAGACGUACGGUGAGAAAAUCGGCGAACUUAUUCCUGAUAUUUUGGAAUACACUCCAGAGCUUGAUUCUGACAAUGAUCCAUUUGUUGACGCUUGGAAAAAGUAUGUUCCCUCCAACCAAACCAAAUAAAUGCUGCACUGAACUGUAGCGCUAAGAACGUACGAUCAAUGCUUUGCGUGGCCAACUGUUAAU